AUGCAUGUUUUUGAAUCAUAUUUGAUAGAUGAAAACGAUCCAAAGUAUGAAGCCUUAAGAGAAUUUGUCCUUGAGACUCUCGGGAAGUUCAGUCGUAAAAUAAGAGAAGUUGGUAUUAAGCUUGAAAACCUUGAAAAAAAAUUGGACUCAGGAACAGAAGGUGCCAAGUUCGAAGCUGAUUUGGACCAGAUUCAUAAGAAAAUUGAUAAAGAGGUGAAGCCUGAAUUUGAAAACGCACUUUCCUUCCAAAUUAGUCAAGUGAACUCGAGAAUAGACGAGUUAGAAAUGGCUCUAGUAAAUCCUAAAAAGAGAAAAAUGAUAGACAAUGAAGAAUUUGAAGAAGAGGAAACAGAAGCUAAGAUCGCGACAUCUGUGGAAGAAUUAAAUGAAAACAUAAGAAAAGAAGUCGCGGAAGUGUUCAAGAGCAUCGAAAGGAGCUACCGCAAAGAACAGGAAAAAGUUUCGAAGUUACAGCUAGCGUACAUUCAUUACUGGCUGGGAUUGCAGGAAACCAUUUCUCCAACAAAAAUGGUAGACAUCCAAAAUUUGAUAAAAGAUGGUGUGGAGGAUCGCAUAUGGAGCGAGGGAUGGAAGCCAGACGUCCGCGGGGAUUUCACCAACUAUUUACAGGACAAAGUAAAGAAAAUAGUCAAGAAGAAAAGAGCAAUCAACGAAAGAACAAAGCUCCAGCAAGAGCUAGACAACUUGGUUGGGAAUGAUUUGCAAUAAAAGUUUGCUUAUGGUUUGUGUAAAAAGAAAAGCAUCUGUUCACUAAGUAUUGCUUAUCAUUUAUGUUAUCCUUUAUGUAAACCUUUUGUUAGUGCAAAUUUGCUAAAGUAAUGAAAGGUAAAAGAAGCAGGAAGCUAUAUAUUAUAUUAACAUUAUGUUGAUGUAAGGAAAGUAACUUCAUAAAAUAUAUGUUGAUGUCAUUUUUGAUAAGAGUAAAAAAUGAGUAUGUUUUAACAACAAAUAUGAAAACUAAUAAA